UCUAGUUAACCUUAGAGUUGAGGAGAAAACGGGCUUUUCUUUCCCGGAUUGGUUUAGAUUACAUUUUAGCGAUGCUAAGAACUAGUGUCUCUAGGAUCAGUUCUGCCACUAAUGCUGUUUGUGACCUCGGGGACUGGUAUCGGAGGCGGUAAAAUAUUAUAAUAACGAAAACAUGUAAAUCCUUCACUCUGCUUGCUCAUUCAUAAACAACUGACUGCCUACUUCCUACAGAGACUAAGGUGUUGGCACGGACUGUAACUUACCGAAAAGAAGAGUUGUAACUCCUUUUCUGUUGAAAGUAAAACCAGCCAAAUUUCUGUUAUAUUUUUGUCAAAAAUGGGUGGUAGAUGAUAUAUUCGAUAGCUGCUUGUACCUACCAAAGUAUCAAAGGGAAAUCAAAGUCAUUUAGCCUGUUUAAAAAAACAAUGUUUUUUUAAAAAACUGUUUUUAAUCAUACAUAUUGCUAAAAAUAAAAAAUAAAACCAAACAUGAAAUAGUCAAGAAGAGCUAAUAAUGAAAAGUAAAUCUCUUUUGCCUACUUCCAGAUCAGAUUGGCAAUCAUGUUCAGCUUCUUGGGGAACUGUUUCUUUUAGUAGCUCUGAAGAAAUGCCCCUCCCCCCCCUUACUGUUUUUUUAAAUUAUGCAUUUAAAAUCGUUGAGAACAUUCUAUAAUAGGAUUUAGCUUUGUAUUACACCAUCCCUUAACCCUUUUUCACCAUACUCAUUAUAUAUUUGUAUCUUAUUUUAGUUAAUAAGCGAUAUUUACACAUUAUGAUAAAAAAAUACCGUUCACUCAGGAACAAAGUGACAUGAAAUCUUUUUAAAGAAUACUGCCCUAAGUUACUGCUUUGCUUCCCAUUUUCUCUGUACACAGAUCUGAAGAGGUUUCCCGGAUGUGGAGCAUAGUUUUUUCAAAACCACAUUUGUACAGUGCAGCACUUGUUGAAAAAUGUUUGGAAGAUUGACUCUUCCGCAGCUGCUUUUUGCUAGCAUUCUUGGAAUUGCUGGAGGAAUAUACAUUUAUCAACCAAUAUUUGAACAGUUUUCCAAAGAUCAGAAGGAAUUAAAAGAAAAGUUGAAAUUGGCACAAGAAUCAGAAGAGAAGAAAAGUUAAUACUAUGUAGAGUUGAACUGUAAUUGCUUAAAGUUCCACUGAAAUUGUACACUAACUACAAAUAAUCUAGUAAAAACUUUUCAAAUGUAUUUUAUAUGUAAAUAAAUCAUUUUAAAACUAGCA